AAAUCUCGAGGCUGGCCUCAAUGAACACCACGACAACCCAGUUCUGAAACCAACGUAUCAGCCCACAGUAUUAGCCAGAGCCGAUUCUUUAUCCCAGGAUAUCAGUUUUCUUUUGGGCACCACCGCUUGGCAGUUCCACCCCAUUUAUAUCGACCUGAAGUCAUCGUCUCCCGCACCUCUGCUCAACUAUACGAGUAGACUCAGUACCUUGGCAUCGUCAAGAUCGACGUCUGGGUUACUGCUAGCUCAUGCCUAUGUGCGUUAUCUCGGUGAUUUAUCUGGCGGUCAGAUCAUUCGCAAGCGAAUAGCCAAAGCGUAUGACCUCUCAGGCACAGGUGGGGGUGUGCGCUUUUACAUAUUUCCCGAUGGGAACGGAAAGGAGGCGGGUCCAAAGGAGAUGAAGGAAUUAAAGGAUUGGUAUAGAAGUGGUAUGGACGCUGGUGUGGGUGACGAUGAGGAACUCAAGGAGCUACUCGUGGAGGAAGCAGUCCAGGUUUUUAAACUCAAUCAGGAUCUUUUCACGUUGAUCAGGGGCCCUAGUGAGGGCGAGGCACUCGAUGCAUCUGACAAGACACCUUUGACUGAACCACCUACACCCAUUACCCUUCUCCCUGCUCAUGAAUUCAACCAACUCUCGUCUUCACGGCGUGUCGUUCUUCCAUCUUCGAGAUGGGUGGCGGUUCUGGCCGUAGCCGUCCUCUUGGCAGGAAUGCAACUACUUUUCAAUACGUCUCACGCAUAA